AUCAUCUUUUAUUGUUCAAGAAAGAAGUGUCUCUGUCACUUUUAGGGGGGAAAAUGCUCUUUUGGGUGUUAGCCCUCCUAAUCUUCUGUGGUUUCCUGUGGACUUACAAAGGACAACUAAAGAUUGCAGACAUCAAUGAUAAGUACAUUUUCAUCACUGGAUGUGACACAGGCUUUGGAAACUUGGCAGCCAGAACUUUUGAUGAAAAGGGAUUUCAUGUCAUUGCUGCCUGUUUGACUGAAUCAGGAUCAACAGCUUUGAAGGCAGCAGCAUCAGAAAAGCUUCACACUGUGCUUCUUGAUGUAACUGAUCCAGACAAUGUCAAGAGAACUGCCCAAUGGGUGAAAAACCAAGUUGGGGAAAAAGGGCUCUGGGGCCUGAUCAAUAAUGCAGGUGUUCUCGGGGUGCUGGCUCCCACUGACUGGCUGACAUUGGAUGACUACAGAGAGCCUAUUGAAGUCAACCUGUUUGGACUCAUCAAUGUCACAUUAAAUAUGCUUCCUUUGGUCAAAAAAGCACGAGGGAGGAUUGUCAACGUCUCUAGCAUUGGCGGCCGGCUUGCAUUCUGUGGAGGGGGUUAUACUGCCUCCAAAUAUGCUGUAGAAGGCUUCAAUGACAGCUUAAGACUGGACAUGAAAGCUUUCGGCGUGCACGUCUCAUGCAUCGAACCAGGGCUAUUCAAAACAGAGCUGUCGGAUCCAGUGAAGACCACUGAAAAGAAACUCGCCAUUUGGAAGCACCUGUCUCCAGACAUCAAACAACAAUAUGGAGAAGGUUACAUUGAAAAAAGUCUAGACAAACUGAAAGGCACCAGGUCCUUUGUGAAUGUGGACCUCUCCCUAGUGGUGGAGUGUAUGGAUCAUGCUCUCACAAGUCUCUUCCCUAAGACCCGUUAUGUGGCUGGAAAAGAUGCCAAGACUUUUUGGAUUCCUUUGUCUCACAUGCCAGCAGUUUUGCAAGACUUCUUAUUGUUGAAACAGAAAGUGGAGCUGGCUAAUCCCAAGGCAGUGUGACUCAGCUGACCACAAAUGCCUGCCUUGGGCUAGGAAAUUGGUAGAUUUCAAGGACACAUC